UCCACAUACACAAUACUCGGAUUGCACCUGCAUGCACAGGCAUACCUUUGCCUCACUACCGUCUCACACGACUCGAGCCUUCACCUCCACCACCCCUCACCGACCACCACCACCACCACACAAGUACUGGCUCAACAUCACCUCUACCAGAUCUACAUUACACUCCCCUUACCGCCACCUCUCCACCACCACCACCACCACCACCACCACAAUUUCCACGCCAACCAUGUCUGAUCCCCACAAACCCCCCAACCCCUCCACCCUCGACCCCAUCGAAUCCGCCAAGCGCAAAGCCGCCUUCCGCGCGGUGGAAGAGCACUUCAACUCCUCCAUGCGCUUCGUCGGCAUCGGCAGCGGCAGCACCAUCGUCUACGGCGUGGAAGCCAUCGCGGCCCACCUCAAAGCCCACCCACCGCCGCAACCCUACCAGAACUGGUUCGUCCCCACCGGCUGGAACAGCCGCAAAGUCAUCGAAGCCGCCGGCCUGCUGCCCAUCGCAUUCGACAGUCUGCCAGGCGACGCAAUGUUGGAGGUCUGUUUCGACGGCGCGGACGAGGUGGACGAGGAAUUGAACUGCAUCAAGGGGGGCGGCGCGUGCCUGUUUCAAGAGAAACUGGUCGCGUGUCGGAGUAAGAAGUUCGUGUGCAUCGCCGAUUACCGCAAGGAUCAGAAGCGGCUGUGUACGAAGUGGAAGACGGUCCCCAUCGAAGUCGCGCCGAUCGCGCACGCCUCCGUCCUGCGCGAGCUGAAACUCAUCGGCUCCCCCGACGCGGCGCUGAGGGAACACGCGUUGGCGAAGACGGGGCCGAUCCAGACGGAUCAGUCCUUUUAUAUCAUUGACGCGCCGUUUAAGCAGUUGUUGACGAGUAUGGAUGAUGGGGUGUGGGAUGUGGAUUCGCUGGCAAAGCGGAUUAAGAGUAUUAAUGGGGUGUUGGAGGUUGGGUUGUUUCACGGCAUGAAUGGGUAUCAGACGCAGAAGGCCGGCUUGCAGGGGGGGCAGAAGCCGGUGGCGGUGUACUUUGGGUUGGAGGAUGGGGAGGUGUUGGUCAGGAAGGCGGAUGAGAUUGAGUAA